AUGGCGGGUCGCGUGCGGCACCCGAUUGACCAGGAGGCGCUGGAGCGGUACAUCAACAAGCAUGUGCCGCAUAUCAAGACGCCGCUAGACAUUAAGCAGUUCGGCUACGGCCAGUCGAACCCAACAUACCAGCUCACUGACGCGACGAGUGCCCACUUCGUGCUGCGGAAGAAGCCCCCGGGCAAGCUCCUCUCCAAAGCCGCGCACAAGGUAGAGCGCGAGCACCGCAUCAUCGACGCCCUCGGCCCCACCGACGUGCCGGUGCCGAAGGCCUACUGCCUGUGCGAGGACGACUCGGUCGUCGGCACGCCCUUCUACAUCAUGGAGUUCCUGGACGGACGCAUCUUCGAGGACCCGACCAUGCCCGAGGCGUCGUCGCCCGAGGAGCGUAGGGCGCUGUGGCAGGCCGCGACGGUGACGCUGGCGCGGCUGCACCGCGUCGUGCCGGGGGACGUCGGACUCGCGGGAUUCGGGAAGAGCAGCGGCUUCUACGACCGGCAGAUCCAAACGUGGACGACCAUCUGCGAGAGCCAGGCCGCGGCCGUGGACCGCGAGACGGGGGAACGGGUGGGCGACCUACCGCACUUUGAGGAGAUGGUGCGGUUCUUCGGGGACCGCGGGCGGCAGCCGCGGGACAGGGCCACGCUCAUCCACGGGGACUACAAGAUUGACAACAUCGUCUUCCACAAGACGGAGCCAAGGGUCAUUGGCAUCCUGGACUGGGAAAUGUCCACGGUAGGCCACCCCCUCUCUGACCUCUGCAACUUCCUGCACCCGUACUUCACCGCCGAGCGCGCCGGCAGAGGCGUCUUCGCGAACGAGGGGUUCCGGCCCGGCGCGACGCCGGGCCUCCCGACGACGGAGGAGGUCGUCGGGUGGUACGCGUCCGAGGCCGGAUGGCAGCCGGUGGCCGAGCUCAACUGGGGCAUGGCCUUCAGCCUGUUCCGGCUGGCGGCGGUGUGCCAGGGGAUCGCGGCGCGGGCGGCGCAGGGCCAGGCGAGCAGCGAGCAGGCCAGGCGGUUCGCCGUGACGAGGGGCCCGCUGGCCGAGUUUGCGUGGGAGCUCGUGGGGAGGAGCCGGGAGCAGGACGGGGGGAGGGCGUCGAAGCUGUAA